CACAGGGGUGCUGCAUUUUUCAUCUUAGAGUGGAACAGUAGAAAUGACCGAUCUCACUCAGAAGCGAACAAUCGGAUGAUAUGAGAGGCGGGAAGUAAUGUCCCUUUGCCGGUGUCAUGGGGACAGAGCGCGAGCUGACGAGCGGAGAUGACAGAGAAGGCAAUGCCGGAGACACUGCCAGUGUUAAGGAUGUGACUGUGGAGGUGGCCACGGUUGACCACACCCUCCAGAGGCUGUGUACGAGGUACAACGGCCGCAGCAGAGCCAGACGUAUGUCACGCAUCAGGACCCAGCUGCCCAGGAAGAGCUGGGCUCCUCUGUGGAACCUCCAGAACCUGACCAUCCUCAUCACCGUGGUUGUGUUUGUGGUCGUGGUCAUCGUGUGGUCACUGCUCUGGGUCUUCAUAUUUCGCAGGGAGAGCAACAGCGGAGUGUAUUUUGCCGGAAUGUUCCGUGUUGCCAACGUAGAUUUCAUCCCCGAGUACCGCCAGGCAGAGUCCCAUGAGUUUGUUUCCAUGGCAAACAAGAUACAGCACGUGGUGAGCAGUGUGUACAGAAUGUCCUCAGUGUCCAAACUCUACAAACUCACCGCCAUAUCAGACCUCAGUGAUAACAAGGGUGGUCUGCUGGUGCAUUUCUGGAUGGUGUUUGUGGUGCCGAGACUGAAGACCCCAGCCGUGUGUGAGGAGUGUGUAGGAGCUAUCCUCAGAGACUCAGUCCUCACCAGCCUGAGGAACAGGUCUUCUGUAGGGUACCUACUUGGCCUGCCCGUAGACAUAGAUUCCAUACUCGUUAAUGCUGCUCUACGAUCAGAUUAUACAUCAAUUGCAGCGGGCUCUCAGUGUGUGGACAAGCUGUAUGCCAGCCUGCCAGGCUCCAGUGUUCCCCUAAACGUCUACUCGUCAUGGGGAGGUCUGAGCUGCUACAUCAAGCUGACGUCUACCCCUGGCACUCUGAUCCGCCUCACCAUUACCUCCCUGCACAUUGAGCCCAGCGACUGUGUCAGUGAUGCCCUCACCAUGUACGACGCCCUGCUGCCCAUGAGGGGGCGUACUCUCUACAGGGUGUGUGAGCCCGUGUCCCAGUCCCUGUCUCUGGUCUCCACGUCCAACGUCAUGCUGCUGUCCCUCAGGAUGACCCAGGGCAACAAGCACUUCAGAGGACACUUCCAGGCCAUCGCUGAGGAACUGACUUACGUAGAGAUCCAGGCAGAGCCAGAUUUCUCCGGUCAGAUCACCAGUCCCUUUUACCCCAGUCUGCUGCCUCCUCAGUGCUCCUUCAUAUGGAGGUUUCAGACCCCCCACAUUGCUCUGGGAGUGGCUCUGAAGUUCCACAAUUAUGUGCUGAAGCUGAAGGACAUAGCGGCCUGUGAGCACGGCUGGUGGAAGGUCAAGGAGAUCAUAUACUGUGGAAGCUACAUAGGCCACACCACAGUGUUCCGUAUCCCUGACACCACCGCUGAGGUGGAGUUUCGCAGCAGCUCCCGGAGCUCUGACCAACCCUUCCAGGCCGAAUCUAGUAGCUUCAACAUCAGCCAACCGUGUGCAGAGGGCCAUUUCCUGUGCUCCACAGGGCUGUGUGUGGAGAAGACCCGACGCUGUGACGGCCUGGACGACUGUCAGGACGAGAGUGAUGAGGUCUUCUGCGCAAGGCCUAGUAAGAACUGUGGAGGCUCCAGUCCUCUUCACCCACUGUACAUGUGCAAUGGAGAGAGAGACUGCAAUGACGGCAGGGACGAAACCAACUGCACUCUGGAGACGAGCUGCUCUGACAUCAGGUACAGAUGUAACAGUGGGUCCUGCAUCCUGAAGAAGAACGCCAGGUGUGAUGGAGUCACCGACUGCUCAGACCACAGUGACGAGAGGGACUGUGCCUGUGGCCGGUCCUCUACUGUGAAGAAAGUAGACUCGACCUCGGGUCUUCGGGUGGUCGGUGGAAUCAAUGCCCUCGAGGGGGAGUGGCCAUGGCAGGUCAGCUUGCACUUCUCUGGCUACCUGUACUGUGGAGCCUCUGUCCUCUCUUCUGAUUGGCUCAUCUCAGCAGCACACUGCUUCAGCAGGGACAGGCUGUCAGACCCGCGCCAGUGGAGUGCCCAUCUGGGUAUGCUGUACCAGGGUAGUGCCAGGCACGUGGCAGAGAUCCAGCGCAUCGUUGUGCACGAGUACUACAACAGGCUGACCUUUGACUAUGACAUCGCCCUGCUGCAGCUGAGGAGCCCCUGGCCUCCCUCCCUCAGCUUCCUCAUCCAGCCCGUGUGUCUGCCGGCCACCUCACAGACUCUCACACAUGCACACCGCUGCUGGGUCACAGGAUGGGGGUACCGCUCUGAGGAGGAUAAGACCCUUCCCACAGUGUUACAGAAGGCAGAGGUUUCUGUCCUGGAUCAGAGUGAGUGUAAGAGAAGGUACGGCCCCGUCUCGCCCCGCAUGCUGUGUGCCGGAGUCCCCUCUGGACAGCGGGACGCCUGCAGGGGGGACUCAGGGGGUCCUCUGUCGUGCUGGUCCCCAGGCUCAGAGGGGCGAUGGUUCCUCACAGGAAUCGUGAGUUGGGGGGCGGGGUGCGGCAGACCCAACCUACCAGGCGUCUACACCCGUGUCAACAAGUUCACCACCUGGAUCCAGAGCCACAUCGUCACCUGAGUCAAUUUCAACACCCUUUAUUUCAUAGUCCUAUUUCAACUGGUAUUUACUACAAAAUUACAAUGUGUACUUUCUGGUGUCUACUUAAAUGAAUCCCAUAUAAAAUGUAAUUACUAUCUAUACCAUCUAUAUCAUCUUCGAAAACACCAGGUAAUGAGUGGACAGUAUAUAAAGCUGUUACAGGAAUGAAGAUCAGGAGAGAUUGACACAGGUUAGACGCAGCACUGGUCCCCUUCAGCCAAUCAACCCUAACCACAAACAUACAGUGUAAAAAAAUAGAUAUGUUUGAUUGACCCAAAUGUUGCAUUAGAUCUAGCUGAAAGCCAAACACCCCUAAUAAGCCACGCCUCCUGAAAAUAGCAUAAAAAAUACCCAGCUGCUAAAUCAACCCAGCAUGAGAGUAUAAAAUACCCAGUUGAUGGUUAUAUUAACCCAUGUUUGAGUAAUCCCAACAACCCAACUUGUUGUGUUAUUCACGCAACCCAGCUGUCUGGGUCAAAGUAACCCAGCGUGUGUUCUGUCCAAUAUUUACCCAGCGCUUGGUUACCAAAUUGGGUUGUUUUUAACCUAGACAUUUUUAGAGCGUGGACCUAAACCAUAUGGCCUCCAAAUCUCUCUGUCUCUGUAUGUCUAGCUCUAUACUGGCUCUAGCCUAGGCUGCCUGCACUAUCAUUUAGGUACUAUGUCCAUUCCUGGUAAUACACUUGAGUCCCCUGUGGAACUGCUCGUACGUAAAGCAUCGUCUAUUCAGGCUGUGAAGGCGUCAUUUUCCUCCUUAACUACCUUUUUAACUGCCUGUUCAGGGGCAGAACGACAGAUUUGUAUCUUGUCAGCUCGGGGGUUUGAACUUGCAACCUUCCGGUUCCUAGUCCAACGAUCUAACCACUAGGCUACCCUGGCCCCCCUCCACUCU